GCGCCACACCUCAAGGCUCAAGCACAGGUUGACAGGCUCGAUUUUUGUCCGUUGCGACCAUGGAUCCGCGGCGCGCCUGCUGGGAGAGCUCGUCGGAGGACGUCACGCGGGCGCUGCUGCCGGUGCACGAGGACGGGCCGACGAGGGCCCGCUCCUGCUCGGGGCUCAGGGCGAUGCUCGCCAGCAGGUACCUGGCCGUCGCGUCGGGUCCCGCGGCGUGCGCGCUCAUCUGCGCGCUGGUCGACCUCGGCGGGCACCCCGCGGCGCGCAACAUGCUCGGCGUCCUGGCGUGGGUGUUCCUCUGGUGGAUCACGGACGCCGUGCCGCUCGCCGUCGCGUCCAUGGCGCCGCUGUUCCUCUUCCCCGCGUUCGGCAUCUCCUCCGCCGACGCCGUCGCCAAGGCCUACAUGGACGACGUCAUCUCCCUCGUCCUCGGCAGCUUCAUCCUCGCGCUUGCCAUCGAGCACUACAGCAUCCACCGCCGCCUCGCCCUCAACAUCACGGCGCUGUUCUGCGGGGACCCGGUGAAGCCGCACCUGCUGUUGCUGGGCAUCUGCGGCACCACCAUGUUCAUCAGCAUGUGGAUCCACAACACGCCGUGCACCGUGAUGAUGAUGCCGGUGGCGACGGGGAUCCUGCAGCGGCUCCCGCGCGACGAGUUGGAGGGCGGCUCCGGCUCGGAUGCCCGCGAGGUCCGGCGGUUCUCCAAGGCGGUGGUGCUCGGCGUCGUGUACGCCUCGGCGAUCGGCGGGAUGGCCACGCUGACGGGCACGGGCGCCAACAUCAUCCUGGUGGGGAUGUGGUCGACCUACUUCCCCGAGCAGCACCCCAUCACCUUCAGCUCAUGGAUGUCCUUCGGGCUCCCCAUGUCGCUGGUCCUGUUCGUGGCGCUCUGGGCCACGCUCUGCCUCAUGUACUGCUCCAAGAACACCGGGAGGGUGCUCUCCGCUUACCUCGACAGGAGCCACCUCCGAAGGGAGCUCAGCUUGCUGGGUCCGAUGGCAUUUGCAGAGAAGAUGGUUUUGGCCGUGUUUGGGGGUCUCAUUGUUCUAUGGAUGACCAGGAGUCUGACAAACGACAUCCCUGGGUGGGCAGUCCUAUUCGACGGCAAAGUUGGGGAUGGAACGGUCACUAUCAUGAUGGCGACGCUGCUGUUCAUCAUCCCGAGCGGCAAGGACGACGGCGAGAAGCUCAUGGACUGGGGCAAAUGCCGGAAGCUGCAGUGGCACAUCAUCCUGCUCCUCGGCGCGGGCUUCGCCAUCGCCGACGGGUUCAAGGCGAGCGGCCUCACGGACAUCCUCUCGUCGGGGCUGGGCUUCCUGAAGGGCGCGCCGGCGCUGGCCAUCGCGCCUGUGGCCUGCCUCUUCAGCGGCCUCAUCACCGAGUUCACCUCCGACGACGCCACCACCACGCUGGUGCUGCCGCUGCUGGCCGAGCUGGGCAAGUCCAUCGGCGUGCACCCGCUGCUGCUCAUGGUCCCCGGCGCGAUCGGCGCGCAGCUGUCGUUCCUGCUGCCCACCGGGUCGCCCGGGAACGUCGUCGGCUUCGGCACCGGGUACAUCACCAUCAAGGACAUGGUGGUCACCGGAAUGCCGCUGAAAGUCGUCGGCGUCGUGGCUCUGACGUUCCUUCUGCCAACACUGGGUUCUCUGGUUUUUGGCAUGGCUUAGAAGUUUUGGAACAUUACAGUCGUAUAGACAAGAAGUUUUCAGAACCAGGUCUUAGUAGCCUUCCCAAGCUGUACAGUGCAUCAGUGCCGUUGCGGCAUGCUUUGCCCCAUGAAGACGGGCUCGUAUACAUUGUUCAUUAUCCAUGAGUUAGGAUAGAUAUUUAACUUUUCAAUUGAAAAGAAUUAGGAUAGAUAUUUGUAGUGAAUGAAUAGAUGUCCAUUAAUGCACAUAUGGGAUUUGUAUCAUAUAGCAUCUUUUUGUGAUUUUCAAUUUAAUGGAAUUUUUCUGAACCAUGGUC